GCUGCUGGACCUAAAUACAGUUUUCUUCAGGGCUGGAGACUAUGAGGAGGAGGAGGGGCAGUUGCUUCUUAUCUGGACUGCUUGGCAGACUGGAAAGGCCCGCCGGGGAGGCGGGUGGGAAGCCCACUGGAGCCCAGAGAGGAAGUGUCAUCAGCUGGCACCCCAAGGGUAACCGUCCUCCACCUGUCUUUACCCUUUUCUUCCCUUUCCCUGGCUUGGCCAGGCUCUCACUCCCUGGGCGCCAGCCUCCCCACCCAUCCUGAGGGCGGGGCUUGGCUGCACCCACGUGUGGCGAGGUUAAAUGCUGCAGCCAGCACCCAGCCGGCUUGGGCAGAGAAGCGGCACCAUGGCUGGCAUGAAAGUCUGCAUUGUAGGCUCCGGCAAUUGGGGCUCAGCCAUUGCCAAGAUUGUGGGUAGCAAUGCAGCCCAGCUGGCACACUUUGACCCGCGGGUGACCAUGUGGGUGUUUGAGGAAGAUAUCGGGGGCAAAAAGCUGACCGAGAUCAUCAACACGCAGCAUGAGAAUGUCAAGUACCUGCCUGGGCACAAGCUGCCUUCAAACGUGGUGGCUGUCCCAGAUGUGGUCCAGGCUGCAGCAGAUGCUGACAUCCUGAUCUUUGUGGUGCCCCAUCAGUUUAUUGGCAAGAUCUGUGACCAGCUCAGAGGUCACCUGAAGGCCAAAACCAUUGGGAUUUCUCUGAUCAAGGGCGUGGACGAGGGCCCCAAAGGACUGAAGCUCAUCUCAGAAGUGAUUGGGGAACGCCUGGGCAUCCCCAUGAGCGUGCUGAUGGGUGCCAACAUUGCCAGCGAGGUCGCUGAUGAGAAGUUCUGCGAGACCACCAUUGGCUGCAAGGACCUGGCUCAGGGACAGCUCCUAAAAGAGCUGAUGCAGACGCCCAAUUUCCGCAUCACAGUGGUCCAAGAGGUGGACACGGUAGAGAUCUGUGGGGCCUUAAAGAACAUAGUGGCUGUUGGGGCCGGAUUCUGCGAUGGGCUGGGCUUUGGCGACAACACCAAGGCGGCGGUGAUCCGGCUGGGGCUCAUGGAGAUGAUCGCCUUUGCCAAGCUCUUCUGCAGCGGCUCCGUAUCCUCUGCCACCUUCCUGGAGAGCUGUGGCGUUGCCGACCUCAUCACCACCUGCUACGGGGGACGGAACCGCAAAGUGGCCGAGGCCUUCGCCCGCACUGGGAAGUCCAUUGAGCAGCUGGAGAAAGAGAUGCUGAAUGGGCAGAAGCUGCAGGGGCCCCAGACAGCCCGGGAGCUGCACAGCAUCCUCCAGCACAAGGGCUUGGUGGACAAGUUCCCCCUGUUCACAGCUGUGUACAAGGUAUGCUACGAGGGCCAGCCGGUGGGAGAAUUCAUCCGCUGCCUGCAGAAUCACCCGGAACACAUGUGAGCCAGGCCAGCGUGGAGACCAGGUGGCUGGCUGCUUCACUCGGACAGAUGGUCAGCUCCUGGGUCACAGGACCUUGUGGAUUCCUCAGGGAGCAGAGCCUCCCAGGCCCCUCACCCGGAUGACAGGAGCCUGGGGACAACCUGUGGCUUCUUGCUGCCACCACAUCUUGCCAGAAACGGGGUCACCCUGCCCCUCUCCAGAAGGUGCCUUGCUCCCUGUCCCUGCUUUAGUGGUGUGUGUGGCGAAGGACCACCGGUCGUUGCCUUGUGAAGACCAGGAAUCCCACCCCGUAAGCCGAGUCAAGUGGCCAAAGAUGACUCUUACCCAUCAGAGAGACAAGUCAAGGCUGGGGCUGGGGCAGGCAGCUGCCACAGGCCCCAGAGACCCCUUGGCUGUCCUUUCUGCGAGGCCCCACACAGUAUCAAUGGAUCUUAUUGUUGACAAAAUACAAAGAUCUCAAACAACACCCUCACAGCCUCUCGUAGCAACAGCCAACAUCUGUGCCCUCGGAAACCUCUGGCCAUCUCCCCUCCCCAGGCCAUCCUGGCACCCCGUGCACUGCCACGCUGGCACUGGGGCCUUGCCAUUCUCCCUGGGGACACUUCCUGGUCCCUGGUUCUUUGCCAGCUGCUCACUGCCUCACGUGACCUUGCCAAGCCUCCCCUCCCCCUCCCUCAGCUCGGUCUUUGGUGAGCAGAACGCAAUCUGCUGACGGAGCUGCACCUUUUCACAGCAGGAUCAGAUCACUAGCCUCCUGGUGACCUUUGGACAAGCCCUGCCGCCCUCCCUUCCUCCCUCCCUCCUCGGAGCUCUGGCUCGGCUGGCCCCUCCUGCUGUUUCCCCAGGGGUAUCUGCUGACCCAGCCGCCUCUCUCAGCUGCCCCACAGCAGCUCGGCAGCACCCUGGGGCCCAGAGGAAUGAAUCCAAAGGCUGAGCCAGAGGCAGGCAGGGUGGGCAGGCUCCCCCCCUGUGCGUGGCUUCUGACGCUCCAGGGCCACCUCCCCUUUGCCCAGCACCACCCUAGCCCCUUAGAUAGAAUAUCCUGGAGUGUCUGGGAGGGAAAGAAGCAGGCUUGCCCCUGGCCCUGCCCCAGGUGGGGGUGGCAGUGGGGUAAUGUCACAGGUCAGCAGCCUAGGCCCCUGGCUAUAAAUAGUGCCUGCCUGGUAGAGGUGCGGGCACUGUCCAGCAGGGUCUCAGCUUCCAGGGUGGCAGCACCUGGCACCCAGUGGCUCUGUCCAGCCCUAGGUUAACCUUGCCCUUGGGAAUUCACCACAGGGCAAAGCUGUGGGGUUAGGAUACUGGGGUUACCAGAAGGGGGAGUCACCCCAGGCCGGCCCAGCGGGGGAAUCCAGAGCUGUCUCCCAUAGCGUUGGGUGGGGCCUAGUAGCAGCUUCAAAUAUAUCUAACUUCUGGGUUCACUCCACAGUUAACGGAAUACAACGCCGUCCCAUCAGGCUUGCUUGUCUGCCCAAUAAAGCAUAAAG